UAGUUGUAUUGGACUUUUGUACCAACAAGAGUGCAGUUAUUUGAUAAAUAGCGUUAAGUAUGUUGUGGUAAAUGACGCGGACUUGAAAUCAAUUGUAGGUUUAACCAGUAGCUCGAAUUUGUUUUCAUAAAAUACAAGGAGUAAAAGUGGAAUAUUAUAUAAUUGGACUUAACACUUUGAUAAGUUAUUGAGUUUCCCGGUUUCCGCUGCACGUUACAGCUCGAGCCUGAUUUCAAAGCGUGACCACAUUAUCUCUCCUUGAGUUAUCGGUUCAAAGGAAGACCUACCCAUGCAGUAAUCAGCCGCAUCAAAACGCUUGUCAAUCAACGCGAUAACCACGAAGAAUAGAAAACGGGUGGAGCGUUCCGAAUUUACCUAUCAUGUGACUAUAUCGUAAACUCUUAUUCGUCAAGAGGAGGGAAUUCGAGCCGUGACGUCAUCCAAUGGAGAAUUUGUUUAGUUUCGGAUCCGAGAUGCAGACGAUAUAAACUUUUUCGUGAUUGCUGGAGUUACCAGUGAUAUUGAAUAGGUCAGACGUUGUGGAUUAGUAAUCAUCGUUGACAAGUGAACUGUAGUUCGUCUUUCGUGUUCCUCGGUGAUUUUUUGUUUCAAACUCGAAGACACGGAUUUAUUUUCUCCAGGAUCUUAGUACAAACUGUGAACAAUCUGCGAAGAGUUUUCGUUAUCGGAGACACUCGGCUACUUCGAUGAUUGUGACAACAUUAUUGUUGGUGAUUAAGUGAUAAUAUACUUUCACAGUUUUUCACACCUCGUAUAAAUGAGAUUCUCUUCUCAUUAAGCGUAUAAUUAAUUGAAGUGUCAUAGAUGUCAUCGGGGUUUAAAUAAUCGCUCAUCAAAAUCUUCACACUGCAUCGGUGCUAUAUAAUAUCACUUAGUUGCGUUCUUAGAGACAGAAACAAAUUUGCUCUGAAGCACGUACAUCUGUUGUGAUUUGUGUGAGAAAUAUAAUACGGACUUACCUAUUCGGCUAAUACGAGGCUCAAGCAUUGCUAUUCUUGAAGGCCCAGAGGAUCUUGCGUGCAGAAGAAAAAUAAACAUAUUUUAAGAUUUUAAACGUUUGCUUAGGCGCGGUUGACGCCUCUAGAGUUGUUGAAGGAGUGUACACGACGGAUUUGCAAGCCAGUCACUCGUUAUUUGCAGUUGAAACACACACUCUGAAAUUGAACGGAACAGAUGCGUAUGAUAAGGGUUGCCAUUUUGUGUUGGCAAUAGUGAAGCAAGCAAGUGAGUGGAGCUUAAUAUAACGUCUACAUUGUUGAUUAUUUGAUACUGCAAAAAGGGAUAUAAGUACCAAGCAAGACGUACGACGCUCGUUUAAAAUGAGUUUCGUGCACGUGCUUAUUGUGGCGCUGGCUUUCACGUGCGUUGCGUGUGCGGGUUCCAAGGACCAGAAACAAUGUCAGGAAAUCACCAUUCCGAUGUGCAAAGGAAUUGGAUAUAAUUACACCUACAUGCCGAACCAGUUCAACCACGACACCCAGGACGAGGCAGGCCUGGAGGUUCAUCAGUUCUGGCCCCUGGUAGAGAUCCAGUGUUCCCCGGACCUGAAAUUCUUCCUCUGCUCUAUGUACGCCCCAAUCUGCAUGGAGAACUACCAGCCCCAUCUACCGGCAUGCAGAUCGGUUUGCGAGAGGGCGAAGACCGGUUGCGCACCCCUGAUGCGCCAAUACGGAUUCGUUUGGCCCGAACGCAUGGAUUGCAACAAGCUGCCCCGUUACGGCGAAGGGCAGUUGUGCAUGGACCGGAACAUGACAGAUUCUUCGUCGUCGGGAGGCGGCGGUGGAAGUCCGUCGGUGACCGCAAAACCGCCGCCAAACGUCAACGCCAAGACGACGCGAAUUCCCGGCUACCUCGACGGCAACGAUGAUGAACAUGAUCUAUCCUCCGAUGUGAACAACGGCGACUUUAAAAACCAACCGAUCGACCACUGCGCGUGUAAAUGUCAGUUUCAACCGAUCACUGAAUCGAACGCUUAUUACGGGAAAGUGACAACGGGCAUCGUCGAGAACUGCGCAAUGAAUUGCUCAAGCCCGUAUUUGACCGAGGAGGAGAAGACGUUUACCUCGUUUUGGAUUGGACUCUGGUCGUGCCUCUGCUGCCUUUCGACCGCUCUGACCCUGCUUACCUUUCUGAUUGACGUCACGCGUUUCAAAUACCCCGAACGACCAAUCAUUUUCCUCAGCGGCUGCUACUUCAUGGUCUCGAUUGGUUACAUCAUUCGGAUGAUCGUCGGCCACGAGGGCGUCGCCUGUGACGGCAAAAUGAUCCGUUACGCCGCUCCGACCAGUUCGGCCGCCUCCUGCGUCAUCACAUUCCUGCUGAUCUAUUUCUUCGGCAUGGCCUCUUCAAUUUGGUGGGUAAUCCUUGCGCUGACCUGGUUCAUGAGCGCAGGGCUGAAGUGGGGCUCGGAGGCGAUCGCCAGCUACGCGCAGUACUUCCACAUCGCCGCCUGGCUGAUUCCGAGCGUGAAAACAAUCGUAGUCCUGGCGCUCUCAAAGGUCGACGGCGAUCCGGUGAGCGGCAUCUGUUACGUGGGGAACCAGGACAUCGACAACCUUCGCGGGUUCGUGCUUAUCCCGCUCUUCGCGUACCUCCUUCUGGGGUCCUCUUUUCUCGUCGCCGGCUUUAUCUCGUUGUUCAGAAUAAGGAAUGUGAUCAAGCAUCAAAAUGGCGGGAAAAUCGACAAACUCGAACGUCUGAUGAUUAGGAUCGGCGUGUUUUCGCUGUUGUACACGAUACCUGCCACCAUUGUGUUAGCGUGCUACUUUUACGAGCAGCAUUUAAAAGAGGAAUGGGAACUCUCAGCGAACUGCCCGUGCCGGGGUAAGGCGGUGAAACCCAACUUUGCGGUACUUAUGUUGAAAUACUUCAUGCUUCUUGUUGUGGGGAUCACCAGUGGUUUCUGGGUAUGGACUGGCAAAACCGUGGAAACCUGGAAGAAGCUGUGCAAUGGACGAUUGUGUUGUAGAUAUUCGGACUACGCCUAUUCCCGACCUCCGAUUAAAUAUUCACCGACCAGCGGAUCAGCCGUGUCCAGUAUACACAAACACUUGCCAGUGAGCCAUUGUUAGUAUAAAGAGCUUUAUUAAGAUGUUUUCAUUCAUUUAUUUUGACAAUCUGAAAUUAAAAGUGAUAUUAGUGUUAAAUUGUAAAUAGUGACGUUGAUUCGUUUAAAACCUUGUAUACACAAUGUGGAUUAUAUACAUUUCUAUUGGUAUGGUAUUUGAAACAGUAAACAGGUUCUUAAAGGCAUGUUUUUUUCUUUUUACAGAAUGUGUUCAAAAUAAGUGUUUACGAAGGCCAUCCUUAAAAAAUUUCGUUUUCGAUAAUCCUACCAAACCAUUUUUGGAGGUCUGGAUUUUUUGCUUAGUUAAUUGGAAAGACAUCAUCCGCGUUAACACUCGUAAUCCUAUCUUUUUAAGAAAGAUAAUUUCUAUUCAAAUACAAUUUUGUACCUCUCAUGGAUUUUGCUUCUUAAAUAAAAGGGUGGGUGCUAUAUGCUACAAAUACGCUAUAUUAAUGGGUUCAAUUGUGCACAGUCUUUUACGGUAAUCAUCACGGAUAUCAAUCAAUAGAUCUAAAUGAAAAAGACUACACAUCAUCCAAUACUUACAUUUUUAAGGGUGGCUAUAAUGCGUGUAUCUAUUUGCAAGCGAUAUAUUUCGCGUAUAAAAAAUGUCAACGUAAUACCUUAGAUACAGGUCCAACUUCAUUCAUUACAUUUAAGUGGUGGACAAUUUGUCUGCUGAUUGAGAUUAGUUGUCACUAAAUCACUGUCGAAAUUCCUUUUUGUGUGCAAUAUUAGCUCUGUUUAGUUCACAACACGUGUAAGCUGGGUUCAGAACAACAUUUUUUUUCUAGACCUGCCUACCUAUUUUUCAACUUUUUAAAAAUUUGACUUUGUAUUGGCUACCGGGCAAUCAAUCAAAACUUACCAUUUAAAUCACGUGACCGGCGUUUGUUUAUAGACGUAGUAUUUAUAAAUUCACGCAUCAUCCGCGACGUUCAUAUUUCUCAUGAUUUCAUUUCCCACAAUGCAUUUAGAAUCUUGAUUUUUGAAUAUUCAAUGUACUUACAGUUCGUAUCGGAACAUUGUGAAAUAUGUAUCGUAAUACGUUUCAAAAGAUGUGUGAAUGUACAUGUCAUGUCAUUUAUAUGUGAAAGCUUGAUGUAUAUAUUUAUGAAUGAUACAUAUUUAAUUCUGUUUGAAUGUUGUUGAUAUUGUUGCAAUUGUAAAUGUUAUUGUUAUGCACAUGUACAAUUUAUUAAAUGUCCGCUCUAAAUAAACGAGAAACUGUGUCAAAUAUAUAAAUCGAUAUUGAAACUGAAUUCAAAUAUGGCGGCUGAUGCCAACGGUGCUAUUUUUAGAACUUAUUCGGUGCGGAACUAUGUGUGUCGUACGUUAAUCAUGUAUGUUUAUAUUAUAUGUAUAUUAUGUACAUGUUUCGAUGUUAUAUUGAUUAUUUUAACUGAUAAUAAAAUGUGUCUCAAUAAUAA